CUGACAUGGUGAUUCGGUCUGAGAGGUACUGUGGACGCAGACGGGGGCAUUAUGAGAUAUCUUCCAUGAGUGCAUCUCUCAGUACAGAAGUAGCUCUUGCUGCUCAAGUAGUUAGGUUCGGCCCGGAUCCUUAGCAGCUGGAGCGCAGGGCUCGGCGGCGAUGGCUCCACGGCCGGGUGGCUGCCGGCAAAAGCUUCAUGCUAUCGUAAGUGCCCUCGGCUUCGUCGCAGCCUUGGCCAAGGACAACGAGGUCAAUCGCUCCCGGCGGUUGCAAGACUCGGCGGGGUGGGACCAGGUUGCGUCGGCGAUCAGCCAGGGCUAUUGCGCCCAGAACUACGACGUCAGCUCAGUAUCACAAACGAUGGACGACGACCCUGCGAAAUGGGUGGACGCCCAUAAUUACUAUCGCGCUUGCCAUGGGAGUCCACCAGUCACCUGGGACAACACCCUUGCCUUGUACGCCAAGAACUGGGUCGAAGUAUUGCUCACACAUUGUAACAGCUUGGAGGACGCGAAGGCCUUUGUCCAGGCUAGCGGGCACGAACCUCACGACCCAGCGGCUUAUCGAACGGAGACCCCAAAGAACGGCGAAAACCUCGCGCUCUUUGAGUUCCCAGUCGUCCAGAUGCUCCCCAUGGACGAGACGUCGACGGUGGAAAGUUGGUACCGCGAGAUCGACGACCAGUGCGCUAACAAGGGGCUGACACCAGGAUGUGACGGAGGCCUGAAUCACUUCACAGCUUUGGUUUGGAAGAGCGUGAACUUUAUCGGCUGCUAUUCGGCCAGCCGAGGAACGUUCAAGCUGGUGAGCUGCAGGUACGCUCCCGGCCUGGCCCUGGAGGAGGAUUUCUGCAACCUGCCGAACGCAGGAGGGGACUGCGCGACGAAACCGGAGAACAUAAUGGUCCCGGCCCUCCUCAAUGACGCGAACGGCCUUCCCCAGCAUUGCGAGCCUCACGGCGUCAUUGGCGUGAACGGUCUUCCCAACGGAGGCGCCAUGGACAUCGCUGGCCAGAAGGUCAUCCCACUGCCGCUGCUGCUGUGGGGAUGGCUCCAGCGGGCCUUCACCUCGCACAACCAGGCCCCGGACGCCACGCAGCUGCCGCCCGGCACCCUGCCGCAGGACAUGAUGGGGAACAACCUCCCGCAGGGCCCCGCGCAGGCGGCCACGCCCCAGCGCCUCUUCGCCGCCUCCCCGCCGCUCCGCUCGGCCACGGCAGGGCGCCCGACCGCCCACCGCGCUCCCGCGCUGGCGGCCCUGGCGGCCCUGGCGGCUGUCGCCUGCGCGGUCGCGGCCUCCCGCGCCCGCGGGGGCGCCGGGGCCGGCAUCGAGGGCCGCACGCUGCUGGGGGGGAGCGACCCCGAGCUGUGAGAGCCUGCCGCGCCCCGCUCCCUUUGGGGCCCUGGCGCAUCCCCUCUCCGGCGAGUGCCCCCCGGCAGCCUGCAGUGUUCUCUCCCCCGCCCCCCCGCGCAAAUUCAGAGAAGCCCACGCCCUUCUGUUUUUCGCCUGCGGGCGCUGCCGGAACGGCAAGCCGCCCUGCACGCCUCGGUGAGGUCGAAUCCUUGGCGCAACAGAGCUCCGCUAACGCGUUUUGGAUCUCGGUGCGAGUGCGUCUCGGCAUGGGCAGCAUUGAAAAUACAGAGCCUAUGCUUUCGACCGUGCACUUGCCUCCGUCUUUUGCUGCGCGCGUGGGGGCUCCCAGUCGGAACGGCUUGACGCGGCUCCAAGAAUUGGCCAGAACGGCGCCUGGGAAGGCUACGGCCAUCGCUUUCGAGCACGUUCGGGAAAAAGUGCGAGCGGCCUGAUUGAUUUCAUUUGCGAGGCUAAUCUCGCUCGCUACGAACAUACCUAAACAUAGUGG